AGAAUGGUGUUUCAUUGUGUUUAAUGACUGCAACUUCUAUGGAUUGCUAAAUAUUACUACAAUUUAACAAUGAAGAAAUUGGGGUACCGCAAGCUUUGACUUCUACACAGUAUGUAGAAAGCUGGCAUUUGGCAAUAAAGCUCCUGAGCCCUUAUUCCUCCUGCUCUAACUAAUAAAACAGUGCGGUUAAUAUAGGAACAGACAUGUUGGAGCUAGAUUGUCACCUGACAAAAGAUGAGCAAGUGGUUGUGUCGCAUGAUGAGAACCUGAAGAGAUCAACAGGAGUUGAUGUCAAUAUAUCGGACCUCAAAUACUCUGAACUUCCACCAUAUCUCUGCAAAUUGGGUGUCACAUUUCAGAAAGAAUGCCACUGUGAGGGUAAAGAUAACCGUAUUCCACUCCUGAAAGAGGUGUUUGAGGCGUUUCCACAAACUCCUGUCAACAUUGACAUCAAAAUGAACAACAAUGUGUUGAUCAAAAAGGUUUCAGAGCUGGUGAGUCAGUAUAAGCGAGAACACUUGACUGUAUGGGGGAAUGCCAAUUAUGAGGUUGUAUCAAAAUGUCAUAAGGAGAACGCUGACAUUCCCAUCAUCUUCUGUUUGCAACGUGUCCUCCUCCUUGUUGGCCUGUUCUACACUGGUCUGCUGCCAUUUAUUCCUUUCAAGGAAGAAUUCUUGGAAAUUCCAAUGCCUUCAAUCAUCCUCAAGCUGAAAGAACCACAAAAGAUGACAAGAAGCCAGAAAUUUAUUAUCUGGCUAGCUGACACAUUGUUAAUGCGGAAGGCACUUUUUGACCACCUCACUGCACGGGGCAUUCAGGUGUAUAUUUGGGUACUGAAUGAAGAACAAGAAUACAAGAGGGCAUUUGAUCUGGGAGCCACUGGAGUGAUGACAGACUAUCCAACAAAGCUUAAGGAGUUUUUACACAAUUAUCCAGUGUAAAGGAAAAAAGCAAGAAAGAUCUUGCAGAAUAGAUUAAGUGAGCCAGUAAUGAUUGGAUAGUCUAUUGCCUUGUUGUCAAGUUGCUAUAUAAUGUAAAAAUUGUCUAUUUAUUUUAAAAUUGCAUAGUUUACAUUUGUAAAUAGUUCAUUUGGCAAAGGUGCGCUUCACCAGUAAUGGCGACUAGGAAGAAAGUUGUUGGAUAGGAUACCUGUAGAUCAUAAGCAUUAUUUUACCUGUCACAUGUGUCCCUAAGCAGACGUCAAGACAUGACAAUUAUUCCAAUCGCGUUCUAGUGGGCAGAAGCUAAAGAAUUUCUGAAAUUAUAGCCUGUAUGUACAUAUUGCUUGUGUCGCUUUUAAUUUUCAGAUAACUUGUAGGGCAAAAAGAAAAACAAUGCACAGGAGAAUAUGUGGUUAUCCAGAUAGUUUAGCCUGCAAAGUGUAGUCAGUAAAGGCAGUCACUCUGUUACCAGAAUUAACUCACUUGGUCAGUAUAGAUUUACUCGAUUAUUCUUUCUGAUAAGAAUGUUGAGGUUGAGUUGUGAUUAUAUUUGGACCCUUCUGAUGUGAUGGUAAAACUGAUUUAUUGGUCAAGGUCUCUGUUAAGCAUUUAAGCUGGGUUCUGGACUCCUCUACUAGAGUCUAGGUUCACCCUUGGUUCUGCCCUGAGCAGCCGUGUUACCGAGGCAUGGCAGCAGCUAGCUUCCUGGAAUGAAAGGUUGCACUUUCUAUAGACUCUUUGAAAUAUUUUUUUCACAAGAGGAACCUAUGUUUUAGAAGAGUCUUUUGCACUUUUGUCAUUCUAACGUCCGUUGCCUUGAUGGAUGGGAAGUUGUUUUCAGGGUGAGGGACCAAGAAGACUUAAGUUUGAUCAGGAGAUUCAAGAACAACUUAAGAGGUUCCUAGUAAAGUAACUCGCCCCAAGCAGAUUUAUAGGUAUGCUUGUCGGGACCCGGUGUCCAUCUAGGAUCCAUGUAAAUUUAUGAUAUUUUAUCUCCACAAGAGUCUAUUCAAUAUUUGUGAAGUUUAUGUACAUGGACAUGGAAGUAACUUUACUGGCAAAAGUCAGGAAGCCCCAAGUGUGACAAAAUGGAGGUAGAUAGGAAGGUAUUUCUGGAAGCGUACAUGCUGUUCUGUCAUUGUGAACGGGUGUUACAUAUGUAUCAAACAGAUUUGAGCCUGCAAUGCCAUUUUGGUGCUGCCAUGUUAGUGUUAAGAUUUUUCAGAAAGAACUUGAUUAUUUUGGUCGAAUUGUACACAAUAUCCUGUAUAAAGCUCAGUCAUUUAAUGAUCAGAAAUUGCUGGAACAACACUAUUGUUCCAUGAUGUCAUUGACUUUUUUUCAAGACGCUUCUGAGUAGAAGUAGUAGAACAUACUACUGCAUUUAUGAUUUAAGUGGAUGCAUGGUGAUGGAGGCAAAUGAGUUAAUGGUACUUUAAAUAUGUAUCUGGCUAUAAAUAGACAUAAUAUCCUCUUAGUUUAAUCAGGCUUGUUGCAUAUUGAACGGAGGAGAGGAAAAUGUAACUUCCUAACUAUUCAUAGGAAAAAUGAUGCAUUGAUUUAUUACGUACUAAGCUUCUUUUCCCUUCAGACCUGUUACGCUCUGGUCAGAUAACUGCUAAUAACCAAUCUAGUGACAGUCUUGCCUAUUUCUAAUAGUCACAGAAUAGUUAAAGAAUAGGCUCCAUAUGCAACUCAGGAGGUAAAAGAAAAAACUCUACCCUUUUUGUCUUAAUUUGGUUACUGUUCAGUGUGUUGCUCCAGAUAGUAAAUUUUUAUGUGAUUUGGUUUUUUUUCUGCUCAAUUUUUUUGCUAUCAGAUUUUCAACGCACACUCCUUCAUUAAGAUGCAAAGAUGAUUCUGAUUUUAGAGAAUACUGCCGAAUGGUACACUCACUUUGAAAAUAAAACUGUUGUUUAAGAUGGGGAAAACCUAUGUUUUACACUCUUGAUUUCUGGACUUGAGCUCUUGAGGGACAGGUGAUAAGUUUCUUUCAGGUUUCCCUCAUCACUGCAUAAAUAAACCUAUUUUGCUAUAUUCUGUAUUGAAUCACAAAACAGUAUUAAUGACAAUUGCAUUUUUCAUCGUUUCAUUCUAAUAAUCUUCCUCUUUUUUUAUAGCAGUGGUGUUGGAAACUUUUGCCUUCAAAGAUGCUUAGCCCGUUUUUCAACCACUAGUCUUCCUACCUGUGAUGUAGCUUUUGACUGCACUUUUUGCAUUUGGCCUCUGUCUUUUUGAUAAAUCUACUACUUAAUAUCUGAAAUUUGAAUAAGUUAGGUUACAUGUGAGGGAAGGGUUCAGAGCUGAGAAAACUACUGAAUUUGUUCACGUUCACCCUUUUGGACUUCAGUACAAGAACUAAAGUUUGAUCUCUUAAGAGAGAAUGUUGCAUGGAUGAAGCCAUGAAACUUGAGCACCACUGCCUAGGCCUUAGGCUAUGAUAACUGUUGGUAGUAAAAUAAUAUGGAGUUGAGAUUACUGUACAGACACAUAAGAAUGUUCUAUCAAUUCAUUGUUUUGAUAUUCCAGAACUUGCUGUGUCAUGUGUGUGUUUGUUUUUUCAACCACUUGUACAGAAAAGCAUUUGUUGAGAUCUUGCACAGCUGUCCAGGAGGAUGUUUGGAGUUAGUAUCUCUGUCUCUCCAAGGAGAGAUUUUUUUUUCAGGUACUUUUAAUUCUAAAUAUUGCUUAACACUUACUGUGUUCUCAAUCCUAUUGCAAAGUACGUUCUAUUUGAAGGUUGAUGCGUAUAUUCCAGGCACUUUUAAUUUGCGCCAACUCUUGUGGACCUCUCUAGCUUCAAAUCUGUGAUGUGAUUUUCUUUCUUUUCUUGUAAAGAAAGAUUGAUGCACUUGAAAUGCAACACAUUAAAACAUCUUUGCUCAUAAAAGAUCUAAAAUUAAAUACUUGUUCAUGGUGA